UGCAAUUAAACCAGUUACAAAAGCUGACCCGCUUUAGCCUGCCGAUUUGCUGGCCGGAUUGGAAAGACAUGGGCCAGCGGCCCGUCGCGCAUGCGCAGUAUCCGCUGGGACUUUAAGUGGAGUAGUCGGCGCGAAAGUGAAAGGAUUACAACAUGCAGCGUUUGAUUCUCUUUGGAGCCUGCUGUGUCUUGUGGCUGGCGGCAACCAGCCAGGCCUUGGAAAGUGUUUUUGGAGCCUACAACCUAGAGCUUGAGUUCCCAUCGCCGCAGGAAAGGGAGCGAGCGAUCAAGGAGGGCCUUUACGAUCCGGGCAGCGUGAUCCCCAUUGAUGUGGACGUUUACUACAAGCAUGGCGAUGCCACGCCCUCGAUCUUCGUGACCAUUCCGCGUUUUGCCAAGGGUGUGCCAUACUCGCUGGCCUACGUAACAAACGAAAUGCGACCGAAUGGCACUCUCCUGCAGGCUUAUCCCAGCUACGAGUGGCACAGAUCCCACGGAGCCGAUUGCAAUGGCUUGACUUCUGUGUACCGAACCCAGAUAGACGAAUGCGGACGGAUGUGGAUCCUGGACAGCGGCGAGAUCGACUUCAUCCAGCACUGCCCGCCGCAGCUGUACGCCAUUGACUUGGAGAGCGGGAAGGUUGUGCAUCAGUACAAGAUGCCCAAGCGGUUGUACAAGGAGGGCGUGAGUCGUUUUGUUACGCCCACCGUGGAACUGGAUUCCCAAAACUGCGACGUGGGAUUCGUGUACAUGGCGGACUCCAUUGGGCAUGGCAUUGUGGUGUACGACGUGGCCGCCCAAAAGUCGUGGCGGAUUGAGAACAAGUUCACGUAUCCCCAUCCGGACUUUGGCACGUUCACCAUAGCCGGUGAGAGCUUCCAGCUGUGGGAUGGCACUGUGUCGACCACUCUCACACCCCACGGAUUGGGAGGCCGCCGGAUGAUGUACUUCCACUCGCUGUCCAGCGACUGGCAGAUGGCCAUCCCGCUGGAUGUGGUCAACAAUGGCAGCAACUGGCGGCUGAACGACGUGAGCGCCGCUCUGGAUCAGUUCCAGGUGCUGGGUAAGCGAGGAAGCCAGUGCGUGGGCACGGCCAUGAGUGAGUCCGGCUUCCUGAUCUGCGGCCUGGUUCAGCCCGCUAGCAUUUUGGCCUGGAACACCCGCACUGCGUACAGUCAUCAGAGUCUGGUGAUGCUGGUGGAGGACGAGCAGCGUCUGCAGUUCGCCAGCGGCCUAAAGAUCGUGCGGAACCACCAGGGCAAGGAGGAGCUUUGGGUCCUGUCGAAUCGGCUGCAGAAAGCCUUUGGCGCGGGCCUGGAUUUCAAGGAGAUCAACUUUCGCAUACAAAAGUGUGGGGUUGAGGAGCUGCUCGGCGGCAGACCGUGCUACUAAAUCGGCUGCUCAAUAAAGCUAAUGAAUGACGAAA